AUGACGCCCCCUGCUCUGAUGGGCCGAUCUGCGCACCCCUCACCCCUCCCCGCGCCCUGCGGCAUCGUAGCACGCAUCGAGCGCCCCCGCAUCACAGGAGCCCGCGACGAGAAGGCGCGAACGCAGCGCGGUGCGGCGCUUCCUCCAGCUUGUGCGCAUGCGAGAGGAGCAGCGGCCAACCUGAGCGCGGUCGUGGCAGAGGGAGAGAUGGACGUCCAGACGCGUAAAUGGACUGGCGGGCGGACGCACGUACAUGGAUCGCAUGGACGCGGGGUUGGCUGGGCUCGUAGACGUAGAACGCAGUCAUCCGGGGAUAAUCGAGCAUUGGAGGUACCACUCGCAGGCGACGCGAGGCCUCUCGGCCUCCAAAGAGUCUGUUUUGAAAGUCGAAGGUCGAUCAGUCCAAUCGAUACCCCUCUCUUUGUCCCCUUCCUCUCCUUCCGAGAGCGCAGUAUCCCGUCCCUCCGUCGUGUCGUGACUGCGCCCGUUCGCAGACAGUCGCAGACACUCACCUGUUCACGAUCACAGCUGGGCGCCUGA